CUUUGCGGACGCUUGUUGUUACCGGAGGCGGACAGGUCUGCAGCUGCAGGUGUUUAGUGUUACUUCAGAUCAGCUGAGGAUGAAGAAUCGGUUAUGGUGAGUGAAUAUGGAGCUCGUUUUUACGCGGUUCGACUCGUUUGACUUUGAGGCGGAUCAGCGGUUUGUGGACGGUCUGAAGUCAGUAAACAGAACCGAAACCGACCUGCUGGACCUGAAACUGUUCUUCUACAACAGGUUUGUCGAGCCCAUUGACCGAACCGGCUACAAACAGUGGAGCUCUUCUUCCUGUGUGAGAGGCUGCCCUGAUGAGGAGCUGGACCGGACGGCGUCUUCACAUUCAGACUCUGAACUCAAAGCAGAAACUUCUGAACCCACAGAGACAAAGCAGCUCUCCUUUGCAGAGGUGAUGCGACUGGUUCAGGAGGGAAAGGAGGUUCCCGGAGUGACAAAAGUGGACAUACAGCCAAGCAACCAGAAUCCUACUCCCUCUCGAAUGGAGCGGAUGCUGAAACCCUGGGAAACCACAUCAUCGUCCCCGGAGUGACCUUUGACUCUUUACAGCACUGUGUAGAUAAAACUCAGUGCUCAUAAUAAAAAGUAUGAAAGGCUGCAUUGCAAACGGCAUGCUGUUGUUACAACUGCUGCAGAGCAACAGUCAUGUCCCCACAGCAGUCCAACAUAAACAUACGUACAGCGUGUCAUAUAAAACAGAUCUACAUGUCCUACACCGUCACCAUGAGAACAACAGAUGGAGUAAAUGACAUCUGUGUCUGUUGGUGUUUUCUUUGGAGAAGCUAAACUUUGAUUUAAUGGAAGUAACUAGAAAUCUGUGGUCUGAGGUGUCAGAAUGAUAGCCUGUGGCUCUGAGAGGAGCCAAAUUUCAUAUACAGCUGUCAUCAAAAGUUUACUUUGUAGUUUUUAAUAAUAUAUUUGAACUGUCCUUUUUCUCAGAGUUGAAUGAUUGUACAACAAGCAUCUUUAAUUACUUUAAAAGGACUGGGUGCACAUGUAACUGCCGCAGCUGUAGUUAAAAUACUCUUGCAUCACACCUUGACAGUUUUCUAGUUUUCUCCUAUUUUUAAGAUUAAGACUACCAAACCAGCAAAUCAUCAAAAGUGAGAAGUAGCACAGAUCAAGUAAAUAUUUUCCAUUUGCACACCGUAAUCUUUAAAGGUUUUAAAUGAUCAAUUACAGGCUAAUGUGAUAGUUUGCUUCUAAUGAUGCUGCUUCCUUGCUUCUCUCUAUAAAAACCUUUUAAAAUUUAGCUAAACAAAAAUAAUAAAAGUGGAUUGGCUGGGUGGUUUUGGGUUUGAAUGAACCAGCUGAUCUGCCUGUGCAGGUUCUCUCUCAUAGUCCAAGAACCUGCUCAUUGGGUUAACCGGUGACGUGGAGAAGAUGGAUUUAAAGAUUGCUGUAAUUCAGUUUGCAUUAGUUGUGUUUGUUGGUGUACUGCAAGCAUUUCAGAUUAUCAUGGAUUAUUCUGAGAAAAAAUAUGAAUGGAAUAAUUUCAAUGUGCCAAAUAUUUAAAUUCACUUUAUAGGAUUAUUUAUCUUUUGAAAAUUACAGCCUUGGUAUUAAAGUUAUAUUUUAAUUGGGUGGUGGUGGUGUUGUUUAAUUGGGCAUGAAACAACACAAAAACGUGUGAGGCAAAGUUUUCAAGACGUGGAUUUGGAAGUUCAUCUUGAGGACAUAUUGGUUUCAGACCCACAUUAACAGCAUCUGUUAUUAUUAAAGAGCCCAGUGUAAAUGUUAUGAAUUCCCUUUUGCAGCUUUCCUUUAUUUCACUGUGUGGGAAGAAAAAAAAAAAAAAAAGACUGGAGCAGGAUAUCCCAGUUUUGUUGGUCUUUAUUUUGUUAUCAGUAAAACAGAUUUUGGCUCAAGGAAAGGCAUUUUUGGCUAAACUAGUUCAGACAUAAAUGAAAAUAAAAGACAAACUUUUUCCUUUAA